AUGAGUGCUGCUCAGAGUCAAACAACACUGGAAGCCAAACUUGAGGCUCUGCAGUGUCACUUCACCUGGGACCUGGACCCCAGCAGGUCCGAACGCAGGUCCGAACGCAGUUCCGAACGCAGUUCCGAACGCAGUUCCGAACUGUUCAUUCUCAGGGACAUGCUGGAGGACAUUGGCACUGAGAAGGGAAACAGAUGGCUGGGUCACAUUUACAACCUGCAGGGGUACAUUCACUACCAGCUGGGCUUCACUGACGAUGCCCGGUGUUUCUUCAGCAGGGCUGCAGAGGCUUUCCGCCAGAUAAGAAAGUCAGAUAAAGGUCCCUGGUUGGUGGUGAACUACGGGAACCUGGCUUGGUGGCACUACCAGCAGCGAGAACAAGCAGAUAGUCAGUCUUACGUGUCAAAGGUCGAAACCCUGCUGAAAGAAUACCCAUCUCCAUCAGAGGAUGAGCUUCAUCCAGAGAUCUACGCUGAAAAAGCCUGGACCCUGAUGAAGUUUGGCAGAGACAAAACGCUGCUGGCUGCAGAUUACUUCCAGAAAGCCUUCAAGAUGCAGCCGGACAUGUUGGAGUGGCACACCAGUCAUGUCAUAGCAUUAGUGAAUGUUUAUGGGCACCCUGACCAACCACUGGAGGAAAACAUACUGGAGAAAAUGAAAAUCGCCAAAGAAAAUGAUCCAGACAACUUGUACCUUGCUGCUCUGUACCUUCAGCAAUGUGCAAAGACAGGAAGAAACAUUAAAGAUGAAGCACGUGAGUUGGCCGAAAAGGUUUUAAGAAAGCCACAAAGCAGCUACAGUGGUAUAAGACCAUUACUAAUGCUGUACAGAAUGUAUGUAUCUGAGGAUGAGGCUAUUGAUUUGGCAGAGGAGGCUCUGACAAGACAUCCAGAUGAACGUCUUCUGAAGUGGUGUGCUGCAAACUGCUACAAAUGGAGGGUUUACUCACACAAUGACAAUCCCCUGAAGCCGAGAAUGAUGGACAGAGCAAUCAGUCUCUAUAAAGAAGUGAUGCUUCUUUACCCUCAUUCUUCACACAAAAUAAAACUAGCUUUUGUAGAGAUAGUCGCAAAGUUGAAUCGUGGCCAGGCUGAUGCUGACCAGAUUUACCAGGAACUGCUAAAGUCUGUUGGUGAUCUGAAACCUAAAGAUAGACAGAAGCUAUACAACCUCUAUGCCAAUCAUGUAUUCUUCACUCAUAAUGACAGCAACAAGUCAAUAAAAUAUCACAUGAAGGCAGCAGAGAUACCACAUCAAUCUCACUAUCGUGAGAGCAGCAUCAGAGAGCUGGAGAAGAGUAUAAGAAGAGGACACCCAAUGAGUGAAGAAAUAAUCAAGUUGCUUGCUAACCUACAGGACUAA